GUUGGGCUGGUUUUCGGAGGCAGUAGGGAAGAUUUUGAAGCUUGUGGAUAAAUACAGCCCUUGCACUACAUCCACAAACAUUCACUCACUCCACCGCCAACAUUCAGUAGCAGCAGCGUGUACCAUCUACGAGAUGCACUGCAAAAUUCACCAAUGAUCCUCGGACAGCACCUUGCAAACUCAGGACUACUUCCACCCAGAAGGACAUGGGCGUCAGACAUAUGGGAACACCAUCACCUCUGAUUUCCCCUCCAAGUCACCCACCAUCCUGAUUUGGAAAUAUGUUGCUGUUCCUCCACGGUGGCCGGGUCAAAAUCCCGGAAUUCCUUCCUAAUGGUAUUGUAAAUGGACUGCAGCGGUUCGAGAAGGCAGCUCCUUCUCAAGGGCUGGGCAAGAAGUGCAGGUCAGCCAGCGACACCCAGAUCCCACAAAUGAAGAGAAAAAAAAGACCCCGCGACUUCGAUCCAAGACCCUUACCCAAUAGAAAGUACGCUUUCCAACGGACAUCAGCGCUGCAAGGCGCAGGGAGCGUGUGCUUCGCGGUAAGGUAGGCUGGGCCUGAUGCCGUCGUAGACGGGGGUAAUACAGUAAAAGGGGGUGGGGCCAGCCCUUAAAACAUAUCCGCGGAGCCGCUCGGCGGUCGGCGGCGCGAGGCGCUGUGGUGGUUGUUUGUUUUCAACAUUUUGUUGAUAAGGAGGGAUGGUGGAGGUGUUUGUGGGUCAUACGUUGGUGAAUAAAGACGGGGAAGAGGUGGAUCCGGAGGAGGCCUUGAAGAAUAAAGUUGUGGGUAUCUAUUUUUCUGGGGGCUGGUGUCCGCCGUGUCGUGAUUUCACCCCGCUCCUGUGUGAGUUUUACACCGAGCUGGUCCAGGAGAGCGAUCCGGCGGCGCAGUUCGAGAUCGUCUUUGUGUCUUCAGACAAAAGCGAAGAUGACAUGGUGAACUACAUGGGAGCGAUGCACGGAGACUGGCUGGCACUGCCCUGGCAUGAUAUAUACAAACUAGAACUGAAGAAGAGAUACUGCAUAACAGCUAUUCCAAAGCUGGUGAUUGUAAAACAGAAUGGGGAUGUCAUCACUGACAAAGGUCGUAAACAGAUACGAGAUCUCGGCAUGGCAUGCUUCAGGAACUGGAUCGAGGUGGCAGAAAUAUUCCAAAAUUUUUCAGUUGAUUGACAGCUGACUUGAAAUGGGUUGUAGUGAAUACUCGUGACAUUUGAACGUACAACUUUUAAUGAUGAAACAUAGUUUUGAAACAAAGAGCAACCCUAGCUUUCCAUUGUUAUUUUAAAUAAAGCUCUAACCAAAUGUAAUGAACUAUGCAAUUGUAAUAAUUUUGGAGACUUUUCAAAUGUAUGCUCUAUACAAAUGAACAAAUAUUUAUACUGCAUAGAUAUGGUAACAUUUUUAAAUUAAAAGACAUUUUAAUCUUAACAUUUUGGUUUUCUGAGUUCUUUUUUAAACUGCUGUAUUGAGUGGCAAGGUAAUAUAUACCUCUAUCACUUUAAAGUUAGCGUGCGUUUAAAGUGCUGCCAUUAUAUUCUUUUCAAAGCUUGAGUAAGAUUAGAUUAGAUUCCCUACAGGGUGGACACUUGUGUGCAAACUCAAGAAUUUUGCAGAUCUUAAUCUAUUAGGUUAGGUACAGUACUGUCCAAUCUUUAAUUAAGUUGUAAACUGUAGAACUAGGACAUAAUCUGCACAAAUAGGAGCUCUUAGGAUGCGUAGAGUUUAAAAGUAGUCAUAACAAAACUAGAGCUUACAAUGCAAAUAAUUGUGAUAUAAAAAGCAAAAGUGGAAAAUCAAAAGAUUAGGUGAAGGAGUGUUAUGUUUCUGGAGAGCCUGACUUUUUCCAUGGGACGAAAUUGGAAAAGGGCUACUUUUUAAGUUUUUUUUUGUAAAUUAAGUGUAUUACCAAGCUUUUAUUUUUAAUCUACAAAACUGACAAAGGGUGCAUAUCUCAGGCUAAAUAUAAAACUUAACUUGAUUUUCCUUGGUAUUCAAAAAGACAGCUCAUUUCUGUGUUGGAACCCAAUUGAUUGCUUACUGAUCUGUGACGCAGAUGGAGCACAAGAGGGGCUUAGACUUCUAAAUGUGAGAUGACACCAAAAACUCAUAUCUUCUGCAGGAAGAUCAUAAAAGCACCAUAUUGGUAGAUGAGAAAUUCAAUGCUGGUCUUUCUGACAGAAUGCAAUGGAGCAGGUUUAUGAUGCUAGUCAACUCAUAAAAUGGAGAUAGUAAAGCAUGCUCUGUGUUUUUGUUAUUGUACGGGAGGAAAUAAAUUGUA